AUGGAGUUCGGUUGCUUGGCGGUCGGACUGAACGUUGACAUUCAACGAACUGACGGCCGUGUUCAUUCUGCUGUGAUUAGUUGCAUCCACAAAGAUUCAAGGAGUGUUACUGUGGAAUGGUUUGAAAAGGGUGAAACCAAAGGCAAAGAGAUUGAGAUUGAAGCUAUUUUCAGCUUGAAUCCUGAUCUUGUAGAUAUGGAUAGUGGAAAGACUGCCUCUCUCACCAAGUCUGGUCGACAAACAUCUCAAGAUGGUUCCAGAGAAAGUUCUAAGAUUAAAACUGGUUCUUUAAGUCGUUCCCGUCCCAGUUAUGCCGCUCCCCGCUCGUCAGUGAUCUCCCAGAACGGACAGUCAUCAGUCAACAAUGGGACUGAUGACAAAACGAAAUUGGGAAAUCAAGGACGGCGGAAAUCCAACUGCGUAAAGGAAGUGGAGAGGAUAAAACAACGACGUGAAGAGAGGAGAGCCCACCAACAAGCUGUUCGAGAACUACAAGAUACAGAAUUUGAUACAACUGACCCAAACUGGGAGUUUUUGUCCAUGAUCAGGGAAUUCCGAACCAGUUUGGAAUACCGUCCUCUCACUGGAUCAGACCCAAUAGAAGAUCACCAGAUUUGUGUUUGUGUCCGAAAAAGGCCACUGAAUAAAAAAGAGUUGAGUCGACGUGAAGCUGAUGUGAUAACCAUCCCCAAUAAGGACCAUGUCAUAGUGCAUGAGCCUAAAGUCAAAGUGGACUUAACAAAAUAUGUAGAAAAUCAAAAUUUCCGGUUUGAUUAUGCUUUAGAUGAAAAUGCUAAUAAUGAAAUGGUUUAUCGGUAUGCUGCAAGACCAUUAGUAGAUUGUAUAUUUGAAGGUGGAAUGGCUACUUGUUUUGCUUAUGGACAAACUGGAAGUGGUAAAACACAUACAAUGGGAGGGGACUUUUCAGGGAAAAGUCAAGAUUGUAGUAAAGGAAUUUAUGCAUUAGCAGCUAAAGAUGUUUUUAAAUUACUCCAUUCUCGUUACAAAAAACUUGACCUCACUGUAAGUGCAAGUUACUUUGAAAUUUAUAGUGGCAAGGUAUUUGACUUAUUGAAUAAAAAGGUUAAACUACGGGUACUGGAGGACCAAAAGGGUCAAGUGAAUAUAGUUAAAUUGCAAGAAAAUCAAGUUGACACCGUAGAUGAUGUUCUGAAGCUUAUACAACAUGGGAAUGCUGUUAGAACUUCUGGUCAAACUGCAGCAAAUCAGCAUUCGUCCAGGUCCCAUGCUGUGUUCCAAAUCAUACUCCGUCGAAGAUCAAGAGAGCUAUUUGGUAAAUUUUCCUUGAUAGAUUUAGCUGGAAAUGAAAGAGGAGCUGACACUUCAAGUUCUGAUAGACAGACUAGGAUGGAAGGUGCUGAGAUUAACAAAAGUUUAUUAGCCCUAAAAGAAUGUAUCCGUGCUCUUGGCCGUAAAGGUGCACAUCUUCCAUUUAGAGCCAGCAAGUUAACACAGGUCUUAAGAGAUUCUUUCACUGGAGACAAAUCCAAAACCUGUAUGAUUGCAAUGAUAUCUCCUGGCAUGAAUUGCUGUGAACACACUCUCAAUACUUUGCGCUAUGCUGACAGAGUGAAAGAACUUGGUCCUGGGGGUCCAUCUGAUGGAAGCAAGAUACUAGAUGCAGUUGAGCCUCCGUCACACAUUGGAACUAUGUCACCACAAAACAGUGACUUAGCUCUUCUAAAAACCUCAAAUGAGGAAGUGACUGAUGAGAUGCUUACAUUCCAUGAAGUAAUCAAUCACAUGCAAGAAAUGGAGGAAGAAUUACUAGAUGAACAGAAGAAUAUUUAUGAUCAUACCCAGAAGUUUUUGAUAGAUAACAGAAAAUUAAUGAAAAUGACAGAAGAGGUGGAUUAUGAUGUAGAAGAAUAUACAAAAUCCCUGGAUAUCCUUCUUACAAAGCACAUUAAUAAUCUUAAAUGUUUUCAUGAGAAGCUGACCAAUUUCCGUGAGGAGAUGCAAGAAGAAGAGAACUUGAGCAAGACAAUAAAAAACUGGAGAGCCCCAACGAAAUAA